AUGCCUUCUCCUCAAGAUACCGUCGCCUUCAUCGGCAUCGGCGUUAUGGGCUACUCCAUGGCCGUCAACCUGCGCGCCAAACUCCCCUCCACGUCCACCCUCCUGAUUUGCGACGUCUCAGAAGCCGCGCUGAAGAAGUUCCAAGCCGAAAACUCCUCCAAAGGCCCCGUCGAGGUCGUGGCAAGUGGUUACGACGCGAUCAAGCGGGCAAAUACCCUGAUAACCAUGCUCCCCACCGCGGCGGCCGUAGAGAAAGUGUACCUGGACCCGACCACGGGCGUCAUCCAGGGCGCGAUCGAGGCCUCCAAGGAGGGGAACCCCCAGAAGAAGCUGAUAAUGGAGUGCGGCACGAUCGAGACGGCCACCAUCCUGAAAGUCGCGGCCGCUACCAAGGAGGCCGCACCGAAACUCGCCUCGGGAGCGACCCUAGACUUUGUCGACGCCCCCGUGAGCGGCGGACCCAUGGGCGCCGAGGCGGGCACGUUGACAUUCAUGGUCGGGGCGUCGACUAAGGAAGCCUUCGAGCACGCCAAGGAGUACCUCCAACACAUGGGUAAGAAGGACAGCAUAUUCCACUGCGGCGACGUCGGCGCGGGGACCGCCUUCAAGGUCAUCAACAACUACCUGUCGGCCAUCACCAGUCUCGCGGCGAGCGAAGCGCUCAACAUCGGCGCCAAGAUGGGCCUGGACCUGAAACUGCUCACCGACGUCAUCAACGUCAGCGGUGGCCAGUGCUGGGUCACGUCGCAGUCCAACCCCGUCCCGGGCAUCCACGCCAACGCCCCCGCCAGCCGGGGCUACGAGGGCGGCUUCCGCAUCGAGCUGUGCAAGCACGUGCUCGAGAUGGGUUCGUCACUGGCCGACAUGGUGGGCGCGAGGACCAUCCUCGACAAGCCCACCUUGGCCGCCUUUGACGAAGCCAUGGCGGAUCAGAGGUACAAGGGCAAGGAUGCCCGUGUUGUUUAUAAGUGGUUGAACGACCAGGGACGGUAG